AUGUCCUCGAAGGAGAAUGAAAUAUUCAACGCCAUUGAGAAUGGAACAUAUAAACAUGCUCAACAAUUAUGUGCCAAAGUUUUGAAAAAAAAUCCAAAUGAUUCAUUUUAUAAAGUUUUGAAUAAUUAUAUCUUAGCUCAAUCUGGUAAAACCACGGAGGCAAUUGAAUUAUCUAAACCUUUUUUAGAGGAUCCACCAUCAGACCUAAGAUCAUUGGAAUUAUUAGUUGAAUUGUUUAAUGAAUUAGGAUUAUAUGAUGAAUCAUUACAAGUUUUUGAAAAUGCAGCUAAGAAGCAUAAAACUUUUGAUAUUAUGAAAACAUGGUUCCAUUUUGGUAUUGAACAAUCAAAUGUUAGAAUUAUUCAAAAAGCAUCAAUGGGGAUGAAGAAUCUAAGUAGAUUAUUUAAACUUUGGGCUGCAUUUUCUUGUUAUUUAGUUGCAAAUUUAUCAGAUGCAACCAUGAUGGAAAAGACAUUAUUCCCCAAAUUAGGUUUAAAAACAAUUGAACAAUGUGAACCUUUGAAAAAUGAACAAGAAAUUUAUAUUAAAGUUAAAUUAUUACAACAAACUGGUGGAUUACAACAAAUUCCUGAUGAAAUUUUAAAAUUUUCCAAGGGGAAUAAAUUAGAUUUAGAAUUACAAAUUAUCUUACUUGAUACUUUUAAUAAAUUAGAGGAUUGGGAAAAUUUAUAUAAAUGGAGUCAUAUCGUGCUUAUUGAUUAUAAAUUGGAUGAUUUUAAUACAUGGAAAUAUUUAAUAAAAUCAUUAAUUAAAUUAUCCAAAGAUAUAACUAAAAUAAUUGAUGAUUAUCAAACAAGAAAUUCUAAAUUAGCUAAAUUGGAGUUGAAUGUCCAAUUAAAUCAAGAUUUACAUGAUUCUGUUGUGGAAUAUUUGAAAUUUUUAGGUCAUAAAGCUUGUGCAUUCCCUGAUAUUAAAUCAUAUUUUCAUAAAAUCGAUUCUGAAAAAUUAUUAUCAUGGUUAGAAACCCAACCACAUUCAAUUAAUGAUGAUAAGGGACUUAUUUGGAAUGUUAAUGUUAUGAAAUUCAAAGCUCUUGCAAACCCUGAGCUAUUCAAAUCUGAAAAAUUCAUUAAUGAGAAUAUCAAAUUAUGGAAUUCUUCAAAACAUUUAUUGUCCUCAAAAUCUAAAACUGAUUAUUUUAAUGGUGAUGAAUUCAUAUUAUUUAUUAUUCAAUCCUUAUUAUCAAUUGAAUUUUCCACUAAAAACAUUAUUUUGUCAAUCAUCAUUUUGGAAAAUACAAUCAUAAAAGAUGAACAUGAAUUCCAUUUAAGACUUUGGUUAAUCCAAUUAUAUUCAUUAAUCAAUUGUUAUACGCAAGCAAGAUAUCAUUAUAACACCCUAAAGAUCAAAAAUGUUCAACAUGAUAUCCUAGAUCAAUUUAUUAUAUCAAGAUUAUCAACACAAUUCCCAAAUAAUGAAGAUUUGAAAAUUUCUUAUCAAAUUUAUAAAUCAAAUGAAGUUGAAACUGUUCAUUUUAAUAAGAUUGGGUUUAAUCAAGGUUCUUUUAAUAAAUUAGAAAAAAUGAUUGAAUUUCAAAAAAGGUUAGAUACUUCAAUUUUGAAAAAUCAUGAAAUUUUACAAGGUUUAAAAAUUGGUAGGGUUUUAAAUGAUAAAGAAAUUAUAAAUACUUAUAAGAAAUUAAAGAUUAAUGAUGAGGUUAGUGAUAAUAGAGAUUUCCAUAUCUUAUGGAAUGUUGGUAUUGAUGAAGAAUUAAGUUUCAAAGAUGAAUUAUUACAAAACAUUCCAGGUGAAAGUUAUAUUAAAGUUCAUAAAAUUUUCGAAGAUAUUAUUAAUGAUAAAGAUAUUACUAUUUCUGAUGGUUUAGAUACAUCAGAUCUUUCCACUAUGGAAUUUUGGUCAUUUGAAUUAUUAACAAAUUUAUAUAAUUUCAUAAAGACCAAGGAUACUGACUUAUUAACCGAAAUUAAAGAAUCAUAUAAUGAAGUACCAGACUUACCAAAAGAUUUAAGUUGGGAGAUUAAUAAUGGGAUCAUAACAAUUUUGGAAACAACAAAAUCUAUUCAAUCAAUACUUUCAAAUUCAAAUCAAAAGAUUAAUAAAAAAGAUUUAUCAGAUUUGAAAGAAUUAAAUGUUUCAUUAUUACAAAAAACCAGGGAUGAUACUAUAUUAAACAAGAGACAAGACAUCAAGAAUUUGAUCAUUUCUUUAAAAUCAAAACUUAAUGAUGAUGAAAUCUUAUCAAGUUUGAAAAUCAAUAAUGGUUCAAAGGAUAAGAUUUUAGAAAUUAUUGAAAAUUCAAAUAAUGAAGCUUUUAAGAUUUUAAGAUUGUUAUGA